AAAGAAACGAAAAAGGUAAAAAGAAAUUGAAUAUGACAUCGUGUUUUAGUUUUAUCAGAUAAUUUCGUUUCAAUUUUUUCCAUGUGACAAACUUAAUUGCAUUCAACAGUUUAUCUAUUCGUCUAUCUCUCUCGCCCUCUUUUCCCCUCACAAGGACUCACACAGAUAUUACGCGCGCACACACGCACACACACACACAUACACACACACAAACAUACUCUCAUACUCUCACUUAUUUACUCACGUACUUAAGCACGUGCAUAUAAACGCUUAUAGACAAGAAAACAUAACAUUCACAAACAUACUCAAACACAAAAACACACAAACACCUUCAGGUAAAUAUGAAUGCGUUUAUGGGUGUAUAAAAUUUUAAUUCGUGUCCAUAAAUCUGGAAUUAAAUAUACUAUACAACCCAUGGGUUCUUUCUUUCUUCUUUCCUUUUUCCUUCUUCCUUCUCUUUGUCUUUCUCUUCUGAUACCACAUUUCUCCUUUCUUUUCUUUAUACUAAUGUUUCUUUAAUAACUCCCGCCUUCUCAGCAACAUUGACAUAGUACCAACGAUGACAUUAGCUAAACCUACAUUAUAUCAUAAAUAUCAUCAACCAGCGAGGGAUCCUCCGUGCAACCACUUACCCUACUAGAAACAGCAGCCGAAUCUCAAAUUGCACUUAAAGCGAACAGAAAGGCCGCUUUGGACGGACUGGUCGAGUCUGAAACAUCUUCGACCAAUAGUCUAUUGAAUCAGUGUAGACAUGAAGGUAAACAACAGCAACAACAAUAACAAUAACAACAACUGCAAAACAACAACAAUAACUUGAUAUCACAUCAAUACAUCAAGAGUACUAAAAUCAAUUUUUGGAUCCUGUGAAAAUUCCUAUUUUGUUCUAUAAAUUUGUAAAGCUUUAUAACAUCGUUUCAUUAACCAUUUGCCUGCCCAGUGUAUCACAGGUGAUACACAGAACUAUCUUCCCAAGCGUCCAUGCGUCAUAUAUAAUACACAUUCCUAAUUUUUUUUCAACCACCAGAGUAACUUGGGACAAAUAAACGGAAAACUUUAUAAUAAUUAUAACAUAUGAAACAAAAGCUAACUAAAAAUCUGAAAACAAGGAUGCUUUAACAAAUCUUUAUGCUAAAGAUCUCGAUUAUGCAUUUGAGUUUGUACCAUAGUUAAUGCUCUUAAAUGCGUAACACUCGAAUUUCUUCCGUUAUGUUAAAGAUAUUUUCAGUUUCGUUUCAGAGAUAAAGCUGUUAAAAGCGCAACACUCAAACACAUAGAGAUUGUCAGAAAGUUUAUAAGAAUAACAAUCCUCUUCCAUUCACAUACAUACACACACAUGCACGCACAAGCACACGCACACGCACAAUGAUGAACAGUAAUAGCAGCAGAAAUCUUAUCAUCACCUGUCACAACUAUAGAAGCACCAACAUUAUACUUCAAACGUUAGACAAGUACAGUAACGGUGUUACCAACAAAGAAUAUCAACAGCAGCCUUGACCAGAACUACAGUGAUGACUACAAUUACAGCAACACCAAUAAUUACUGCAGAACAGAGAUAACAAUUGCAUAACACACACACACACACACACACACACACACACACACACAUCAAGAUCAGCACAACCAAGAACAAGAGGUCCUUUAAGUGGUCAUUUGACUUGCUAGAAACAAUAGCCAAAUCUCUCUCUUUCUCCCUCCCCCUACCUACCUACUUACCGUCUUCAAAGAAUAGUACACAAUCUAUUAUGUAGUCCCAAGAUACACUGUGAAUAAAGGACGAUGAUGAGUACAACUGUUACAUCCUUGAUCAUCGGUUCAUCAUAGGUUCGCUCGCUGUGAACUAACCAAGGGCUAAAUAGUAACAAAAAACAUCUAUUGAAGAGUACUAGAACCAGAAUUGUCUCAAGAAAACAUUCUUGUUCAUCCAGCUGUACAACACUUUACGUCAGCCAAAAUAGUUCCCUGUAAUUAAGAGGAGGUGUAUCAAAAGAAACAAAAUGGCGGAUCAAACUAAUUUGGCCUUACAUCUCAGGAAGGAUGUUCGUUUAUGCCAUGCUUUGUUCAUUGGAAUUACUUCUUCUUUGGCAGCGUUCUUCGGUGCUGUAUCUGCAAUAUUGAUUGCACAGUUGUCUUAUUAUCGAAAGGAACCGGAAAUUGGAGCCCACUGGGUAGCAGGCCUUUUAUUCGUAUCUCCAGGAAUUACAGGACUUAUAUUAGCUUACAAACAGCGAGUUCUAGCGUUAUCAAGCCAUAUUGGAGUUUCUGCAGUGUCUUUUGUUCUGGGUUGCUUUUCAACAUAUUAUUCUGUCAUGGUAAUUUAUCAAACCAGCUGCAAGCCUUACCCCAGUGUUGGAGAGUGUCAUAAGUAUUCACUUAUGAUCAUAUGUCUGACUACUUUAAUAGGAAGUGCCUGUUUGUGUGGUUUAAGUACAGUCUUCACAAUUUUCGCGUUUAGAAAAGUCUAUGUACCAAAUAUCUUUCAGAAAAUGAACGAGGAGUUGAAACUCAGCAAAAGUACUGGAGAAGAAGAGCCAAAAACGCAAAAGAAUAAAGUAAGAAAUUUGUCCAGUGGUCAGGAAAAUAUUGCAAUGGAUAUAAAACUCCCUGACCAGACAUCAGUUCAGAAAGAAGAAGAGACAGUCAGUCACUUAUAAAACUCUAUCUGGACACGGUUUAUACAUGAAACCAGCAGCAACAAUGAUAAUGGACACAUGGUUACAGACACACACACGCAUCCACACGCACACAUGUAUACACGCAGGAAGAACAUAAAUUAUGUACGUGUGAGCGUAUGCAUACAUGUUAGUGUGUGCGUGUGUGUAUAAAUAUAUAUGUACACUCAUAUGUACAUAUAUGUAUGUUUGUAGUAGUACGUGCGUGUAUGUGUGUGCGUGCGUGCGUGUGU